GCCGCGCCGCGCGAGCCGUUGGGCCUGGCUCGGAGAAGGCGUUGCCGCUGCCGCUGCAGUUGCCGCCGCCAGGAAACACAAGGAGCGGGACCAAGCGCAGCGUGGCGAUGGGCGGGAGUAGGGCCCCGCCGGAAAGGCUGGGCGGCCGCCGGUGACAGACUGUGCUCUGUCCACCGCACCUCCUGCAUGUCCUGCUGCCCUGAGCUGUCCCAAGCUAGGUGACAGCGUGUUACGCUGCCACCAUGAAUGAGGUGUCUGUCAUCAAAGAAGGCUGGCUCCACAAGCGUGGUGAAUACAUCAAGACCUGGAGGCCCCGGUACUUCCUGCUGAAGAGUGACGGCUCCUUCAUCGGAUACAAGGAGCGGCCUGAUGCCCCAGACCAGACCCUGCCCCCCCUAAACAACUUCUCUGUCGCAGAGUGCCAGCUGAUGAAGACUGAGAGACCACGGCCCAACACCUUCGUCAUACGCUGCCUACAGUGGACCACUGUCAUCGAGAGGACCUUCCACGUAGACUCUCCAGACGAGAGGCGAGAGUGGAUGCGGGCCAUUCAGAUGGUCGCCAACAGCCUUAAGCAGCGGGGCCCAGGUGAGGACCCCAUGGACUAUAAGUGUGGCUCCCCCAGUGACCCUUCUGCGGCCGAGGAGAUGGAAGUGGCAGUUAGCAAGGCUCGGGCCAAGGUGACCAUGAAUGACUUCGACUAUCUCAAACUUCUGGGCAAGGGCACCUUUGGCAAAGUGAUUCUGGUGCGGGAGAAAGCCAGCGGCCGCUACUACGCCAUGAAGAUCCUGCGGAAGGAAGUUAUCAUUGCCAAGGAUGAAGUUGCCCACACGGUCACCGAGAGCCGGGUCCUCCAGAACACCAGGCACCCAUUCCUCACUGCACUGAAGUAUGCCUUCCAGACCCACGACCGCCUGUGCUUCGUGAUGGAAUACGCCAACGGUGGUGAGCUGUUUUUCCACCUGUCCCGGGAACGUGUCUUCACGGAGGAGCGAGCCCGCUUCUAUGGUGCAGAGAUCGUCUCUGCCCUUGAGUAUUUGCAUUCGCGGGACGUGGUGUACCGCGACAUCAAGCUGGAAAACCUCAUGCUGGACAAAGAUGGCCACAUCAAGAUCACUGACUUCGGACUGUGCAAAGAGGGCAUCAGUGACGGGGCUACCAUGAAAACCUUCUGUGGGACGCCCGAGUACCUGGCACCCGAGGUGCUGGAGGACAACGACUACGGCCGCGCGGUGGACUGGUGGGGGCUGGGCGUGGUCAUGUACGAGAUGAUGUGUGGCCGCCUGCCCUUCUACAACCAGGACCACGAGCGCCUCUUCGAGCUCAUCCUCAUGGAGGAGAUCCGUUUCCCACGCACACUGAGCCCUGAGGCCAAGUCCCUGCUUGCUGGGCUGCUUAAGAAGGACCCCAAGCAGAGGCUCGGCGGGGGGCCCAGCGAUGCCAGGGAGGUCAUGGAGCACAGGUUCUUCCUCAGCGUCAACUGGCAGGACGUGGUGCAGAAGAAGCUCCUGCCACCCUUCAAACCUCAGGUCACCUCUGAGGUUGACACAAGGUACUUUGACGACGAGUUCACCGCCCAGUCCAUUACAAUCACACCCCCGGACCGCUAUGACAGCCUGGGCUCCCUCGAACUGGACCAGCGGACCCACUUCCCCCAGUUCUCCUACUCAGCCAGCAUCCGCGAGUGAGCAGAGCCGUCUGCUGCCACCACCGCCGCGGGACACGCACGGCUGCCAUCACCGCCCGGGGGCUUUUCUCUUGUUUUUAAACUUUUUAUUUUUGCCUUUUUUGUUUGCAUCCCCAUCUCUCACCUGCUCACCCCCAUUUCCAGUUUUUUCUUCAGCCCUCUGCCAAACUCACCUCAGCGGUCCCAGCGGCCCUGCCUCCAGGAUCCUGUCCUGACCUCACCUCUGUGCUCAGACCAGGCUUUGGGAGACUCUCCGCUGGAGGGAUUCCGGUUUUUAAUCAACACGAGCCCCAGGGAGGGGCGAAGCGUGGGGCUGUGGGUCCUGCCUGAAUUUCUGGCCAGGCGCCUGCAGGCAGUCUGCCUCUGUCAGAGGUCGCCUUCUCGUGGGACACCUCAGGGGACACCUUGUGGGACAUGAUGCCCCGCGGACAGUGCCCCGGUGCUGCCUUCCGUGCCCUGCUGUUAGGCUCAGAGCGGCCUGGCUUGGGUAGCCCAGCCCCUCAUCCCACAGGGGCAGAAAAGCAAUAAUGUCUAGGGACAGGCUGGGGCCUUUGGAAGGUACGGGAUUGGGGGUCCAGGGCUCCCUCGUGUGGUUGGGGGAUGGGCACUGCCUCCUUGCCCCGCCUUCCCCAGCCUCCCAAGCUGCUCUCCUGACCCUGUGGAUGAGGCAGGAGGAACAUUUGGGGACUGGCCUCCCCGCCACCCAGUCCUGUGCCUUACCAGGGCUUCCUUCCAGCUGGCCUUAACUCCCGCUGCACCCCGGGCCCAGCCCCAGCUCUUUCCAAGGAUGGGGGCUGGGAUCACCCCCCUUCUUUCCGCCUGGGGCGGAGGGGUGCCAGCCCCGGCUGUUACACAUCUCGCACCAAGACAGUAUUGGGCCCCAUGGACUGGGGUCGAAGAGGGGGUGGGGUGGGGGGUCUCUGGUACGUACUGGGGUGGGGGCCUCUGAGAAGGGGAGGCUCCAGGGCCCCUUUCUACCCCCCCCCCCCGCCUCUGGCCCCCACGUUCUGCAGCCUUAAGGUGAACAUGUGUCAGUGCUGUGGGCACGGGGGUACGUGCCUCAGACUGUGUGUGUUUGUGGAUGUCCCUCUGCAUCCCGGACGUGGAUGCACACGGGCGUGUGUGUGUGUGCGUGCGUGCACAUGUGUUGGGUAUGCGUGCGUGAGGGCAAGCGUGUCUCGGCCUUGAGUGUGUGGUGUGUGUGGGCUUGGGCCCUGUCCCCGGGCCUGAGCAUUUCAUCCCCUGAGGGAGGGGUGCUGGCCCAGCAGGAGGACCACACCUGGGAUCCAUUUGCUGCCCACUCUCCCUCCCAUCCCCCCCCACCACCCAACAUCUCUCGGUGUGUGGAAUUUAGUUGUGGUUUUGAUCUCCCUGCCCCACCUCCUGUACUAGGUAGUUCCGAGAGAGACAUCCUAGGGUGGGGUGAGGGUUGGUUUGGGUGGGUGGGGGGUCUUUUUCCUUUCUGUGUGCGUAUGUCCUUUAUCUGACAAUUCUCUGUCCUCCCCACUGGCCUUCCCCCUUCCUCCCAUUUGUACGGUACAAGCAAUAAAGACACUCGUUUCAGACCGGGGCCCACCGCCCUGGGCCGUUACUUGCCUGCGGAGCCCGGCCCCACUGACCUGCCCCUAGGACCUGUCUGCCGUGCCCGGGCCUGGCCAUCUGGAGCUGUGUCCCCUCGGGCUGCAGGGCGCGGGCGGGUGGCUGGCCCUCCGUGUGGGUGCCGCUGUGGGUGGGAGCCGCUGAGGACUUUGGGAAGCUGCCCGGGCCUGGGCUGUGACUCCGGCGGGCAGAGGCCAUUCCCAGUCUUCAGAAGCUGCCUGGACUAAAAUGGGGAGGGGGGGGGGUGGUUGGCUGGCUCUGAAAGGGGAGGGCAUGCGAGGCGCCCCUGAGCCCUGGGAGUGCAGGUGUGGGAGUGGAUGCCCUUCCCGUGACCCUGGAGUCCCAGGGCCGGGCAUCGCACGCAGUCCCCUUCUCCCCAUUUAUGCCAAACCAGGGAGCCUCGAGGCCCCCCGAUUCCAACACAGAAUCCUUGGCGUAUGAAUGGGAGUCGAGGUGGAUGCCUCUGGUUUGGUCACAGCCCUCCCCCAGCUCUGGGACCCUCUGAGAGCUUGUCCCCUUUACCUUGUGGUUCCCGAGCUUGAACCACCCUUCCCGCACCUUGGGACCAGGGCUGCCCUGGCACAGAUGAAUUUGGUGUCCGAUUUCGCCAGGCGUUAGGGCUGCUUCGCACGCGUGGAGUCCUUGAGAUCUUGAGUGAGGGCAGCAGAGAAAAGUCAGGGCCAGUUUAGACUCGGGAAGGCGUGGCCGUUUCUUACUUCACGUGGACUUUAUUAUUUAUUUAAUUACAAAAGCAUGUGCUGGUGCUUAUAAGACCAGCAGCAGUAGAAGCUUCUAAAGAAGAGCCUUCUACUUUUCCCUCCAGUCAAGGCUCCGGAGGCAGCUGGUGCCAGUUCCUUCUCUCCUCCUCUCCCCGCCCCACUCCAAGGAAAUCCUGAGCCUACCUCAGUCCGAUAGAUCACCUCGCAGUCCCUGGUCCCUGGUCCCCGGCUCUGGGCCCACAGGCUAGCGAACACUUCCCUCGGGCAAACAUAGAUUCCCCAGAUGUAGUGGUGCUUCCUUCUGUAGAACUUUUUCCCAAAGGGAGUUUCAGGUGGAAGAGUUUUAAUAAUAAAAUUUUACCAAUUGGAAAAUUUUAA